AACCAAUCAGAUUCUCACCUUCCAUUCCCUUUAAAAGCCAGUUGCCUUCGCGCCAUGGCGGAUUCGCUAUUUACAUGGCGGAAUUUGGAAGCGGAAAAACUGAACGCUUCUCCAGAGAGCAACCGGAGCUGCUCGUCACGUGCGCGAGGUUAAAGCGUGUGAGCAGACCAUCUACGGGACACGCCGGAUUCCACCAUAUCUUUAUGUUCUCAACAUUAAUCUUUUACAUUGUAAUCCUUUUAUUUUUAAUAAUCGGCUAGUUUAUGUGCUGCUGCUCAUGCGUCCCUGUGUGUGUGUGUAAUAAGCAGAGUGUACGCGCAUUUGUGGACCCGACCUAUAGACGCACAUUUCUAACUACAUUACUAACUUACAUUACUCGUUAAAUAGUUAAAUAAAUACUGCACCAUUGACUCUAGACCAGGUUUCAGUUGGUUUGGUCAAUGGCGCAGUUUAUUUCAUUUGCGUCAAAAUAGCAACCCUAUUAGGUGUGCCGCCCUGAACACACCUCGUUUUCAGACCAGCACACCCAUAGGCGCACAGUGGCUCGCAAAUGCAUUUGAUAUUUAAACAACAUGGCGAAGAAUGAUAACUGCGUCGGGCGAAACUAGCAAAAACACUUCCGUCGUGCUUUGCGCUGUAUUGCCCUUCGUCUUUAAGUGCCAUAGAAGACGAAUUAAUGGUUGGGGGUGAUAAAUGCAAGAAAUAUAGAAACUCCUACAGAGUUAUGAUCAUUUACAGGGGAGUACAGCAUUUUUGCAAUUGUUAAUUCAUUUGAGAAAUAACAUGAUGGCUAUUUCAGAGUUUGUUUACCUUUCUUUUGUAAUGUAUCAUGUAUAAUAAAUGUUGGCGCCUCCCUCUACUAAGUAACUCUGUAAUGUAAUAAGUGAUGUUGCAACAUCGUUCUGUUGUCAUUACUGUUUUGGUAAUAAAACGCCCUUACAUUUUAACCAGUGUGUAGUGUUACAUGAAGGCAAGUGAAGUUUGACCUCUUUGAUCGGAGAGGGAUCAUCUCUACGGUACUGAAAGAAACUCUGGGUUCGUUCACUGGAGACCCUGUAAAUUCCUGUUUGAAUGGACCCUUGACUAGGAUAGAGACCUCUGACUGUUUCUGACCCGUUAUUCAGACAGCUGCUCUGUCUUUAAGAAGCCAGUUACUACUUGUCAAUGAGAUUUAGUCCAACCAGUAGACUCCCCUGCAUGCGUUCUGAGACACACCUGAGAAACUCAUUGACCUUUGACCUCAUGGCUGCCACUGAGCAUCCCAAUAUGUCUCCUUCCCCCACCGCUGAGAUCACAUCGCCGUCGACCACCCUGGCCACCCCAGAUAUAGUGGUGCUUGUCAUCUACUUCCUCUUGGUUCUGGGCGUGGGCUUGUGGUCUAUGUGGAAGACCAAGAGGAGCACAGUGGAUGGAUAUUUUCUUGCUGGGAAAAGCAUGACUUGGUGGCCGGUGGGCGCCUCUCUGUUUGCCAGUAAUGUGGGCAGUGGGCACUUCAUUGGUCUCGCAGGCUCUGGAGCAGCAGCUGGUAUCGGUGCAACUGCUUAUGAGUGGAACGGCAUGCUGAUGGUGCUGCUCUUGGGCUGGCUGUUUUUACCCAUCUAUAUUGCAUCAAGGGUCACAACAAUGCCUGAGUAUUUACAGAAAAGAUUUGGUGGCAUAAGAAUACAGUUAUUUCUUUGUGUUUUAUAUCUAUUCAUCUACAUCUUCACCAAAAUAUCAGUGGACAUGUAUGCAGGAGCUGUGUUCAUCCAGCAGGCUCUGCAGUGGAACAUCUACCUCGCUGUGGUUCUGCUUCUCGGCAUUACGGCUCUGUACACCAUCGCAGGCGGUCUGGCAGCAGUGAUCUACACCGAUGCGGUUCAGACUGUCAUCAUGGUGGUCGGAGCCUUGAUCCUCAUGGGCUUCAGUUUUGCAGAGGUUGGGGGAUUUCAGGCUGUCCUGGACAAGUAUCCUCAAGCUAUUCCCUCCAUCCGAGUGCCCAACACCACCUGCGGAAUCCCUCGUGAUGAUGCCUUUCACAUAUUCCGUCACCCUGUGACCUCUGACCUGCCGUGGCCGGGAGUAAUCCUGGGCAUGUCCAUGCCCUCCAUGUGGUACUGGUGUUCUGACCAGGUGAUAGUGCAGCGUUCGCUUGCUUCCAAGAACAUUCUGCAUGCUAAAGGAGGAUCUCUGCUCGCCGCUUACCUCAAAGUUCUGCCCUUCUUCAUGAUGGUGAUUCCAGGCAUGAUCAGCAGGAUACUUUACCCAGGUGAACUACUGAAACAAACACCAAAGUUUAAGGCCUCUAAAUGUAUAGUUUGUUCUAUUGAAAUCCAUAUGAACGUGUGUGUGUGUGUGUGUGUGUGUGUGAGAACUGUAGACGAGGUGGGCUGUGGAGACCCAGAUGUGUGUAAACAGGUUUGUGGGAAUCCUGUGGGCUGCUCGGACAUUGCUUAUGCCAAACUGGUGAUGGAGCUCCUUCCCGCAGGUCUGAGGGGUUUAAUGAUGGCUGUGAUGUUGGCUGCUCUCAUGUCCUCUUUGACCUCCAUAUUCAACAGUUCCAGCACCAUUUUCACCAUGGACCUGUGGAGAAACAUUCGCCGCACUGCCUCCGAGUGGGAGCUCAUGAUUGUGGGGAGAGUGUUUGUGUUGGUGUUAGUGGUGGUGUCAGUGCUGUGGAUUCCUCUAGUUCAGGCCAGUCAGGGUGGGCAGCUCUUCAUCUACAUCCAAUCCAUCAGUAUGUACCUGCAGCCCCCCAUAACAGUCAUCUUCCUUGCGGGAUGCUUCUGGAAACGGACCAAUGAGAAGGGUGCAUUCUGGGGUCUGAUAGUGGGCAUGUUGGUGGGCGUUAUAAGGAUGAUCCUGGAUUUCGUCUAUCCUACACCGCUGUGCUAUGAGAGCGACACCAGGCCUGACAUCAUCAAAUAUGUUCACUUCCUGUACUUCUCCAUCAUUCUCAGUCUCCUCACACUAAUCGUGGUGGUGUGUGUUAGUCUGGCUACAGAGAAGCCCAAACCAGAGCAGAUCAGUCGUUUGACGUGGUACACACGCUUUGACCCUGUGAAAGAAAGCGAAGAGGUUGUGGCUUCAGAUCUCUACACGAUCGAAGGCGCCACACAGAACACAAAAGACAUGGAAAACGAUGCAUAUCAAAUGAAAGAAGACUCCAGUAGGUCUGUGUCCAGUGAAGCGGGUUCCUCUAAACUCAAAUCGGCUCUGUUCUGGAUCUGUGGAAUGGAGAAGCAGAAAGAAGGGAAGCCCAUGUCUCCUCCUCCAGAGACUCCGAUAUGUUCCCUCGAGGAAGAGCCCUGUAUGAGACACGUGGUAAACGCCAACCUCAUCGUCUGUAUGUCACUGGCUGUGUUUCUCAUCGCCUACUGGGCAUAGUCACUUGCCCUUUAUCAUGGAUUGUUUAGUGUGACUGGUGUUUAAGUAAAUCUUCACUGAGUAUGUAAUUAAUAAUUGACCGGUAUGCUUAUUUAUUUAUCAAUCAGUUUUUACUUUUUUGAUAAAGACAUUAAAUGACAGUUUAGGGUAGGCAAUUUCUGAGAGGCUAGCUUUGAAAGCAUGAGAUCCCACCCUCCCUUCAGAGCGUCUUCAAAGCCACCGCUUAGUUUCGCCCAGAUACGGCCCACAUCUGGUUCGCUGGAAUCCACAUGUGGCCCUGAUCUGGGCCGACGUCCACACUACUGCGUUUUCGUUUAAAAACGAAGAAUUAAAAAGAAUACAAUCUCUGUCCACACCAGCGUUUUAUCUGCGUAUUAGAAUUGAUCUCCGUGCACAUUAAAUCUUCUGAAAACGCAGAUCACGUGACCAUUCACCAACACUGGGCAUGCGCGUGCCGGUGUAAACAGGAAACGGAUUGACUAUUCCUCAGAUUUGAAGAAGAAAGUAACGUUAGCUACCUGAUGGGUGGCUGACGAAUCAGGGAAGGACACGUCAUGACUGAUGACACCCAAUCAUAGAGCCGAGCGUCGUCGUUUCUAAAUUCCUCCGUUUUGUCCCAUCUUCACUAAAACGCCCUCCGGAGAUU